AUGGUUCUGGCUUCCUCCCUUGGAGUCUGGAUUGAGAACACCUCUCAAGGGCCUACUCCCAAAUCAGUCACCACAGACCUGCGGACAAACACUGAUAUGCUCAUCCUGGCCAGCCCUACUUCAGAGACAGUGCUCACCGUGGCUGCAUUUGGUGUUAUCAGCUUCAUUGUAAUUCUGGUGGUGGUGGUGAUUGUCCUGGUCAGUGUGGUCAGUCUGAGAUUCAAGUGUCAGAAGAACAAGGAGCCUGAAGAUGCCCAGAAACCAGGGAGUUCAGGGCUGUCUGAAAGCUCCACAACUAAUGCAGAGAAAGACAGCAUCACCCUCCUCUCCAUGAAGAAUAUCAACACGAACAACAGCAAAGGAGGCCUCUCCACAGAGAAGGUGAAGUUCCCCGGCUUCCUCCUUCCCUCUCUUUCCUCCUGCUACCCUCAGGCCCAGCUACCUUAGACAGAAAGGAGAUCCUCUCAAAGAUCCAGGCUCUUC